AUGAAAGUAUCACUCCCACUGAAAAGUAUUUCCCUUAGUCAACUCGGCGGCAUCAACUUUCUCCCGAAUCUGAGCUCCACACAGCUCAAGAAAUCAAUUACCGGCACCAUUUUCAAAACGCCUUCCGACGUUCCAAGAACAGCUGAAUUACUCGAAUCCGACAGUGGUCCAGGGAGGACCGUGACUGUAUCUAGCAAGCCGCGCAUUUCAUAUCAAUCCGAAUACCACAAAAUAUCCGGAAUCGUGCCGCUAAAGGACUCGACAACUGGCGGCUCAGAAGGGACGUACUCGUACUCUGGAUUAGUGCUGAACCACACCCCGACAAAUCUGACGAAUCUUUCCAACUUGCAAAGCUCGGCUGGAGUCAACAUUUGCAUUCUCUCCCCGGAUGUCUCGUUUUCCAAAACUGGAUCUAUGCUUUUCGCUAAUCGGGAUCAAAAAAUCGACAAGUUGCCCCGUCGAAUAAACAAUACGCCCGUCGAGCUUCGCAGCGACGGCGCUGACCAGGAAAAAGAAGCGAUCAAUCAAGCUCUCGCGCAGGAGCUUCAAAUCAAGCAUUAUCGAGAACUGUUCAUACCAGGAAUCAGUUACCCAACGUUGCCGACAAUUUUCCCGCUGCUGCGUCACGCCGAGCACUGGGUGUAG